GUUGUUUUGUUUUGCUUUCGUCUUACCGGUCGUACCUUAUUUCAAUUUGUAUUGUUGGGUCGGUUCAUCCGGUUCAUCACUUUUUGACAGAUAAAAGUUGGGUCAAGUUGUGAGGACGAGACUGAACGGGCCGCCAGUGGACAUCUGCCGGCCCUCCAGCGUCGUCCCUCGACUCAGCUCCGCGCCGUCUGCCGGCACCCGCGGUCCGCCGGUCCGUGGUCCGUGGUUCGUGGUCCGACGGUCCGCGGUCCGCCGGUCCAAUUAUCAGCAGGUAUCGCGGCCAGCCUCUGACACCGCGUCGGCGGCCGAUGCGCCACGGCAGAGGCCGGCGGUGCCAGGUGCGCGGCGCGGCCGACGGUGUCAGAGACCGUACCGGCGGCUGGGCCGCGUGCCGCGCUCCCACGUACGCGCAGUUGCUCGGUGGCGGAGGGCUGAGUGUGCAGCGUGUCCUGCGGAUAGAGUGGCGUGCGGUGGUGGCUAGUGGAGAGUGCUGUGCGAGAGGAGAGGAGAGGAACGCAAGUGGAUAACAGGAGAGGAGGACAUAAAGACAUCAGCACCACGCGGAUAGCAGUCACCGUGACCGGACGUUCGCGGUCUGCGCUGCCGACCGCGCCUGCUACCAGCGGGGCAUGACCUGUCGGUGACACUGUCUGGACCCGGCCGCUCACACCAGCGACCCCACCAACAUCCAGGAUGCCGCUGUUUCCGCGCCUGUACGUGAAGAAGUCUCGCCAGUACAAUGUGGUCUCCAAGGAGCUGAUGGUGAUCCGGGUGGAGCUGCUGGACGGCACGCCGGUCGAGUGUACACUCUCCUCGGAGAGUUCGGGUCAGGAGUGUCUCAACAGCGUCUGCCAGCGCUCCGGUAUCAAACAGCCCAAGUUUUUCGGCCUCAAGUACCGGGCGCGCCGGUCUCCGCCGCUGCGCCGGUGGCUCGACCUGGACCGGCCGCUGAAGAAGCAGCUGGACCGAUUCGCCGAGUCCAGCAACCUCCACCUGGGCGUCAUGUUCUACGUCUCCGACAUCUCGGCGCUGCAGGACGAGCUGACGCGCACUCAGUACUUUCUUCAGCUGAAGAAUGACGUUCUCGAGUGCCGUCUGCACUGUAACUACGAGCAGGCAGUGAUGCUGGCCAGCUACAGCCUGCAGGCGGAGCUGGGAGACUUUGACGCCGACCGACACUCGGCGCAGUACAUCAGGGAACUGGCGCUCUUCCCCAGGCACAUGGUGUUGGACGAGGAGCGUCGUGAGACUCUGACAGAGGCGGCGCUCCAGUCGCACUCGACUCUGCGCGGCUUCACCCAGCAGGCCGCAGAGGAUUACUACAUCAUCGAGGCGCAGCAGCUCGAGGGAUACGGGCAGGAGCACUUUGUCUGCCGGGACGACAGCGGCAACGGUGUGCUGGUGGGCGCCUCGCUGACCGGUAUCGUGGUCCGACUGGGCGGUAACCAGCCGCCCACCUUCUACCGCUGGGCCGAUAUCACCAACCUGCACAACCACAAACGGAACUUCGGCAUCGAGCUGACUGAGAACCGGGCGGCCAACUUUGUGAUGGACGACAAGGAGCUGGCGAAAUAUGUGUGGAAGGUCUGCGUACAACAGCACAAGUUUUUCGACACGAACCAAGCGCUCCUGUCGGGAAAGCCUACCAUGUCACGACUGCCUCCGCCCGACAUACAGGCGUCGACCGUUCCGCGGAUGGUGGCGCCCGAGAGGGACCGGGCCAGUCCCUUCGGACAGGACCCCACCUACCACUCGGAGCCGAGCUACCGGGCUGAGCAGAGUACCAGCAGCGCUCACUACGGGCUGAUCACCAGCUACAGUCAGCCGCACACGGAGAGCAGCUGGAGCCUAGGCCAGCAGCAGCAGCAGAAACAGCAACAACAGCAGCAGCAGCAGCAACAGCAGCAGCAACAACAACAACAGCAACAGCAGCAGCAGCAACAGCAACAGCAGCAGCAGCAACAGCAGCAACAAUUGUCUCAGGCCAGGGCGCUGCUGCCGCAGUACCGCCAGGCGCCCGACUACGACACGGCCCUGAAACAGAUGUACUCGGCGGCGAGCGUGGCCGCGGCGCCGGCUGCCGAGCCGUCCUACAUGUACCGGUCACAGCCGGAGAUCCAGCACAAAGAGCCGGCGGAUGUGACCGACUUCUCACAGUACAAAAACUAUGCCGAUCUGUCUCACCUGCCUUCGUUCGGUUACCUUGGUAACGGAGCGGCAGUGCAGGCUCUGCCAGCCGCUGGAGAUCUUAUCAACUCUAGUGUCCACACGUACAGCACGCCUGAGCUGGCCUCUCAGAGUCUCGGCGACGUCACGACCGACCCCGUGAUGACGUCAGAGCUGCAGUUGUUCCAGCACCAGCUGUACAAGCCGCCGCCGCCCUACCCGUACAGCAAGCUGGCCAGCUGCUCCACGCCCGACCUGGCCUCGGCUAAUGUGCAGGUGAGCCGCUCCAGUCCCGACCUGGUGUCGCGGAAGAACCGUCUGAACCAGCCGCGGGCCGCGGCCGGUCUCAGCAGGGAGACGCACCGCACCUACGAGAACCUCGCCGACACCGUCGCCUUCUCACCGCAGGCGGCGUUCAGCUCGGAGGAGCUGGACCGCGUCUACCCGGUGGGCCCGGCCUCGGUAUCUGCCCUGUUCGUCACCCAGUCGGCCGUGGUACCGGAGAUCGCCCGCAGUCAGCCGGCAGAGUCUCCGGCCGCGCCGCCGUCCGGCCCCCAGCCGCCGGCCGUCUCUGCCGCCGGUCCGGGCCCCUCCCCGGCGGCCGCGCUGCUCACACCGCCCGGGGUCGACCCGCAGGGCCCCGGCUCGCCCAGCCACUUCCUCAGCGGCAACCGGGUCAGCUCGGUGGGACCGACACCGGCCGCCGCCGCACCGGAGGAGCCGAUCUACGAGAACGUCGAGUUCAUCCAGCGCGGCCGGGCGUACACGGGCUGCUCGGGAGGCACGCCGGCCGAGGCGUCUCUUCCCACCGAGUCGCGGUGGGCGCGCGGAGUGGCCCCGCCCAGAGACAUCCCCAUCCCGGCAGCGGCCAUGCAGGAGAUCGGAGUCGGGGUGGGGACACCCACCCACGCGCCGACGGCCUCCAACUCGUCCACGCUGGAGAAGCGGCGUAGGAAGCGGUGGGGCGGCGGCAGCGGCGGCGAGGGGACCCCGCCGGAACAGGUCAAGUCGAACACACUGCGGAAGAUUAAGGAGACGUUCACUCGCUCGCGGGAGACGCCGCGGCUGCGGGGCUCCGGCGGCUCCGGAUCCGGCUCCGGCUCGGAGCUGAGCCACCGCACUCCUGAUGUGGUGGUGAAGAGGGAAUCGACGGCCAUCCCCCGGGAACAGCGGUGUCAAGCGAUCGAGGCCCGUAUCAGUGACCCGGGCUUUUUCCGCGAGUUUGAGGCCGUCGUGAAGAAGCGAGAGACGGCCGACUUCACCACCGCGCGGCGGCCAGAGAACGAGAACAAAAACAGAUUUAAGGACGUGCUGCCCUACGAGGACAACCGAGUGAGGCUGACGCCGUCUUCAGACAACCCCUACGGCUACAUCAACGCGUCACAUAUCAGCGUGACGAUGGGCAGCCAGCAGCGUUUCUACAUAGCCGCGCAGGGUCCGCUGCCCACCACUCUGCUACACUUCUGGCAGGCCGUCUGGGAGAACAACGUUCACCUGAUCGUGAUGCUGACAGACGCCACUCGCGGCCAGGACCGCGCCUUCCCCUACUGGCCCCAGCAGGACAACACCAGCGUGGAGUGUGAUCAGUUCACCAUCAGUCGCAGUGUGUCCACGCCGUCCCGGGCGUACGUCACCUCGCGGCUGGUACUCACUCAGCGCGGCUCGCGCCGCUCGCGGGUCGUCUGGCACCUGCAGUUCACCGCGUGGGCCGACCACGGGUGUCCAGAGGACGCGGCAGGGUUCGUUCAGUUUGUGGAGGAGAUGGCCACUCUGCGUCAGACAGCCGCCAGUGAGAUGGCCGUGGCGCCCGGCGGCAGCCGCAACACGCCCGCGCUGGUGCACUGCUCGGCCGGAGUCGGCCGGACCGGCGUGACCAUCAUGUGUGACGUGCUGCUCCACUGCCUGGACCACAACCUGGAGGUGGACGUGCCGAAGCUGCUGCACCACCUGCGCCAGCAGCGGAUGCUGAUGGUGCAGACGGUGACGCAGUACAAGUUCGUCUACCAGGUGCUGGCGCACUACCUGAAACGGUCGCGGCUCAUCUAGAGAGACCGCAGGAGGCUGCUGUCAGCCCCCCUCGCUAGGCCACCACUGCAUUAUGUUGCUGGUGAUGAUGUUGGUCAUGUUGCUGAUGUUGCUGACCGAGCCGGCUGCGCUGCUGAACCGGCAGCUGUGUGCGGCCCGCAGGCCGCCUGAUUCCGUCCCCGACUGUGAUUUGGAGAGCAGAGUAGCGAUUUAGCCCGAGUGACUAUGUAUGAACGUUCGUGAGCCAGCCCGUGCGAGUGUGUGUCCAAUGUUGAGCUGUAUUUCCACCAUUCAGUCGUUCCGUGCCAUGUACUUUUUCCGCGUCAUCGUUGUUUCAUCCCACAUAGCGUGCUAUCGACCAAUAUACGGUACAUAUCAUCGG